AUGUGGGAAAUUUUCAUAGAUGGAACAUCAAACUCCUCGAGCUCGAGCGCAAGAGUCAUAAUCAUAAGCCCGGACAUGCUCAUAAACAUUCAGUGUGCACUAAGGUUCGAAUUUGAGGCAACCAAUAAUGAAGCAGAGUAUGACGCCAUCAUCAUAGCCAUGGAACUCGCCAUAAAUCUCGAGCUUGAAAAUGUCAAAAUUUAUAGUGAUUCUCAGUUGGUGGUUGAACAAAUCGAAGGGACGUUCGAUAGAAAGGAUGAGAAGAUGAGCUUAUACUGCUUGAAAGUGCACGAUCUCCAGAGAAAGUUCAAGAGUUGUGAAAUUGUAAAAAUUUCUCGGGCUAAGAAUUGUAGGGCCGAUGCUUUGUCAAGAUUGGUGUUCAUGGAAAUAGAUGGGCUUGACAGGACAGUCCACGUCAGAAUUAUAACCGAGCCAAGCAUCAGUCAGACCAUAGGCAUCGUGGAUAUUGAUAAUAUGCCAUCAUGGAUGGACCCAAUAGUGGACUUCAUAAAACAUGGCCGCCUUCCAGAAGAUCAUCGGGUAGAGAGAAUCAUCCAAUCCAAAGCUCCGAGGUAUUGCUUGAUUGAAGGUGUUUUAUUUCGCAGGAGCCUCACACUUCCAUACCUCAGAUGCCAUAGGCCUUCCGAAUCAUCCCAGGCCCUAGAAGAAGUUCAUGAAGGAGUAUGUGGGAACCAUCAAGGAGCUCGAGCAUUAGCCUUCAAGCUCAUAAGGUAUGGAUAUUAUUGGCCAACCAUGAAGAAAGACGCCCAGGAAUAUGUCAAGAAGUGCGACAAGUGCCAAAGAUUUGGCAAUGUCAUCUACCCUCCUGCAGAAGACCUCACUAGCAUUAGUUGCACAGCCCCAUUUGAGCAGUGGGGAAUUGACAUCUUUGGUCCCUUUCCAAUAAGUAGGGGACAAUUGAAGUUUGUGGCUGUGGCUGUGGCUGUAGAGUAUUUCACUAAGUGGGUAGAGGCCGAGCCUUUAGCAACAAUUUCAGAGCCGAAGUUAAGAAGUUUCAUAUGGAGAUCCAUCAUAUGCAGAACAUCAUACAGAACUGCUACAGGGGAAACCCCCUUCAUGUUGGCUUUUGGUAUUGAGGCCACCAUUCUUAUUGAAGUAAGGUUGCCCAGCCAAAGGAGGCUCGAGCUCGAAGAUCCAGGGUGCACCAUUGAACACCUCGACCUCUUGGAAGAAGUUCAUGAUCAGGAAACUUUAAAAAUGGCCUCCUACCAAGAUAAAACAGCAAAGUACUUCAAUAAGAAAGUGAGGACGCAGAGAUUUAGAGCCGGAGACCUUGUGUAA